GAGCCCUCCCCUCCCCGUCCGUUGGAAGGGGCGUUAGCAGCGAAUGGACAAACAACAUGGACGAUCCGCGCGACGUUCGAACUUCCAAGUGGAACUCCGGGUCGCUGUUAUCGGCCGGUUCCGCGGUCGCUAUGGAGAUCAAACGGCAGAGAAUACGACAGAGCACGUUGUUCCUGCAAACAGAGAAGAACACUAACAUGCAAGAAAAGCUUGACUUUGAGACGCGAAUGCGCGAUGGUGCCUACAAGCUGCUGCUCGCCUGCAGUAAGAGAGAGCAGGUCCUCAACGCCUCCAAGAACCUGCUGACCUGCAACGCCAGGAUCAAGGCUUAUCUCACGCAGCUGCAGAGGAAGAAAGAGGAGCAGGACAUGAGAUUUUCAGUUCCAGAUGAUCCUGUGCCCUGCACUGGGACGAUUGCAAUGUCUGGGCUGCGUAUUCCUCUGAUGUGGAGGGAUUCAGCCUACUUUAACAACAGAGGAAGCUCCCGUCGAGUGGCGCUGUUCUGUCUGAUGCAGAUCGGCUCCGAGGUGUUUGACACAGAAAUGGUGGUGGUGGACAGAUCAGUCACUGACAUCUGCUUGGAGGGAGUCACCGUCUUUAAAGAAGUAGUCCCUCAGUUUGAGCUGAAGGUGGAGCUGUGGAGCUGUGCCCUGGAGGAGGAGCUCACCAUGGCAAAUACGCCAAAGAAACUGGCCAAGAAGCUCCGCCACUCGUUUGGAAAGACGGCUGGGAAGAAGCUGAGCCCUCUGCUGGACAGUCCGGACCCUGACACCUUCCUGCAGUACAACCCCAUACCCAUUGGAGCCAAGUACAGCCUGCUGGCCUACACCUCGCUGUGUCUGCCUGAAGCUGAAGGCAGCUUUCAGUCUCACUCCCUCAUCGUCCUCCAGGACGCUGAGUGGUCGUCUUGGCUUCCGCUUUAUGGCAACCUCUGCUGCCGGUUGGUGGCCCAGCCGGCCUGCAUGACACAGAGCAUGAUGAGCGGCUACCUGAGCCAGAAGAUAAAUGUGGAGGGGAUGAACCGCUGCUGCAGUCUUUACUGUGUGCUGAGUUCUGGCGUUUUGUCCUGUUACUUCACUCCGGAAGAAAUUGAUGCUAAAGUGCAGCCCACCCUCAACGUACCCGUCAACAAGGACACCCGGAUCCGUGUGAUGGAGAAGGAGUCAUCAGGCCAGAAAUCCAGGAGUCUGUCCAUCAUCAACCCUUCACCAGAGGGCUCCGAGAGCGUCGUCUUCACCACAGAAACCAGCCAGGAGCUGGAGGACUGGUUGGACGCCCUCCACCAGCACCUCUAUGAUCAGAGCCAGUGGCUGCACUGCUGCAACCGGCUAAUGAAGAUUGAGGUCGCGUCACCACGGAAACCAUCACUCUUCCUCACCAAGCAGGCUGACUCUGUUUACAAUGACCUCAGUAUAACUUCACCUGGCAAGUUUGAGAGCAUCACCGACAUCAUCCACAACAAGAUAGAGGAGACAGGUGGCCUCUUUCUGAUUGGUCACGAAGAGCAGAAGGAGGCGCCUAAUUGGUCCUCCCUGUUCGACGGGUCCCAUCCGGUGGUAGUUCAGAGGGGAAGUCUGUCCCAGAGCAAAACCUCCACCCCUUGUUCAAGCCCCAACCCCAACACUAGCUCUACAUCCAACAGCAACAAGAAGCGCCGUGCUCCACCCCCUCCCUCUGACAGAGAGGCUUAUGCUCCUCCCAGCCGCCCCGCCAGACCUCCCCUCCCGCCCUCUCUUCAUCGUCCUCCUCCUCCGCCCCCAUACCAGGAGAAGGAGAACUCCGGCACUUGCACUUCACGCCCAACCACAAGGUCCAAGACUGGCAGACCGUCCCUGGAUGCCAAGUUCUCUGCCAUCAUCCAGCAGCUCCAGCGGACCAACGCCGGAGGAGCCGGAGCCCUCAGCCGGAAAAACGCUCCACUGGGCGUCCUCGAUGUGCAACCACAGAGUCAGCCUCAGCCUCCUCUCCAGCAGCCGGAGAACCAGAACCACAGCACCGAAGCCGCAGGUGAACAUGCCUUCCUCAGGCCGAGUCACGGUCCUGGCCCUGUUCCCGCAGCGAGGAACAAACUGAGGAAGUCUUUCAGAGAGAGGAUGAACUUUUAACCCUUGUGACCUCGACCUUCGACCCUUACUAGCCAAACCUUACCACUAAUACGAAUAACUCCAAACAAACGAGCUCGGAAACGAUGAUUAAACCAGAUAUCACACUAUUUUACUUCUCCUUAAUAGAAAUAACUUCAUAUUUUGGGCCUCACUGUUUGUGUGGUUCGUCAACAUUUAAAGGACUACUUUAACAUUUUAGGAACUGUGUUUGAUGUGGCGAGUUGGAUGAACAAAUCAAUAGCACUCUCAUUUGUACACUAAAUAUAAAGCUGGAGUCAGGAGCGCUUAGCUUAGCUUAGCAUAAAGACUGGAAACGGUGGGGAACAGCUAGCCUAGCUCUGUCCAAAGAUAACAAAAUCUGCUUACUAACACUUCUAAAACUCACUAAUUAACAUGUUUUUUCUAAUCCAAAAACUGGAGUGUAAAAUGACACAUAUCUUCCAGUGACGAUAUGACUCCUGGCCAACAACUUGUCUGGCACAUAACCAAGCGUAAAUCCACAACUGGGUCUUUUUAUGCUUCGUUUUUUGUAAAGAUUAAAUAACCAAGUUAUAAUGUAUCUUGUAAUUAGUUGUAAUGUAUUUUCUUA